AUGUUUACAUCACCAUAAUUAGAUUUUGCCAAUCCUCAUAACAUUAAUCAUUUCUAUCGUCAAUUUUUUAAAUAUGAUCCAAAUACUUUUAUUGGUGAAGGUUUCAAAAGAACCAUUUAAUAUGAAUCCUUAAUUACAGAACAAGAACUCUUAUAAAAAAGAAAUGAAUUUUGGGGUAAUUCUUUAUUAACAAUUAAGAAACACGCACUGAAGGGAAUUGGGAAAAACUUAAAGAAGUAUUAAACAUGGAUGAUGGUAUUUUUAUUAUAUUCAAUUGCAAGAAAAUGCUAAAGUUGCUCUGGAAGAAGCUAGCAUCAUUAUGGAUGGGAAUAAUAUUUAGGUGGCCUAUGAUAUGUUUGGUAACAAAUAUCCCUUUUAGAUGAGAAUAUUUAUAUUCAAUUCCAAUCUUUGUUAUCAAUUUACCUGUAUUCUAUAUACAUAUUAGAAAAGAAACUUAGAAUUGAGAAUUUGA